GCCGGGGCGUGGGUGGCAGGAACAGAUUUGGUAAGUGACAGAAAUGAGGGUGGGACGGUCGCACGGGGUUGUUUGCAGCCUAAAGAAGUCGCCCUCGAAGGAGAAGCCUCCCUCGGGGAGCCGCGACGGGCGCUUCACCCCGCCCAGCCACCCGGUGAAAUGUGGCUUCUCCUCCCACGUCCUCAGAGUCGCCGAGCCCAUGGCUUUCAGAGCCACCCCGGGCAGGACGCCGCGGGGACCCGGCUUCCCCGGCCCACAGGCCCCGGUGCCCCGGCCUGGAACUAUUGAGGAGGAGGACGAGGACGAGGAGGAGGAGGAGCCGGCUGAGAUCCACCUGUGCGUGCUGUGGAGUUCGGGACAUCUGGGCAUUGCUUACUAUGACACUAGCGACUCCACUGUCCACUUCAUGCCAGAUGCCCCAGACCACCAGAGCCUGAAGCUUCUCCAGAGAGUUCUGGAUGAAGUCAACCCCCAGUCUGUCAUUACAAGUGCCAAACAGGAUGAGGCCAUGACUCGGUUCCUGAGGAAGCUUGCCUCCCAGGAGCACAGACAGCCAAAGAAACCUGAGAUCAUACUUCUGCCCAGCGUGGAUUUCGGUCCAGAGACAAGCAAGCAGCGUCUCCUUUCUGGAAACUACUCAUUCAUCCCAGAGUCCAUGACUGCCACUGAGAAAAUCCUUUUCCUCUCCUCCAUUAUUCCCUUUGACUGUGUCCUCACGGUCCGGGCACUUGGAGGACUGCUCAAGUUCCUGAGUCGAAGAAGAGUUGGGGUGGAACUGGAGGAUUAUAAUGUCAGCGUCCCGAUCCUGGGGUUUAAGAAAUUUGUAUUGACCCAUCUGGUGAGCAUAGAUCAAGACACUUACAGGGGAGAAGCUGAGGCAAAUCCAAAAGUUGUACAGAAGGUCAUCCAGACGUCUUCAUUUCUCUGUGACAGCGUUCUUCAGAUCUUCAAGAGUGAGGCUCACCCCUCAGUCUACAAAGUAGCCAGCGGGCUAAAGGAGGGGCUCAGCCUCUUUGGGAUCCUCAACAGAUGCCGCUGUAAGUGGGGACAGAAGCUGCUCAGGCUAUGGUUUACACGUCCAACUCAGGAGCUAAGGGAACUCAAUUCUCGUCUGGAUGUCAUUCAGUUUUUCCUGAUGCCUCAGAAUCUAGACACGGCUCAGACAAUGCAUCGUCUCCUGAGCCACAUCAAGAAUGUGCCUCUGAUUCUGAAGCGCAUGAAACUGUCCCACACCAAGGUCAGUGACUGGCAGGUCCUCUACAAGACUGUGUACAGUGCCCUGGGCCUGAGGGAUGUCUGCCGCUCCCUGCCCCAGGCCAUUCAGCUUUUUCAGGACAUUGCCCAAGAGUUCUCUGAUGACCUGCACCACAUUGCCAGCCUCAUUGGGAAAGUGGUGGACUUUGAGGAAAGUCUUGCUGAAAAUCGCUUCACUGUCCUCCCCAACAUUGACCCGGAAAUAGAUUCAAAAAAGCGAAGGCUGACGGGCCUCCCAAGUUUCCUCACUGAAGUUGCACAGAAGGAGCUGGACAAUCUGGAUGCUCGAAUUCCUUCUUGUAGUGUCAUCUACAUCCCUCUGAUCGGCUUCCUUCUUUCCAUUCCCCGCUUGCCUUUUAUGGUGGAGGCCAGUGACUUUGAGAUUGAGGGACUAGAAUUCAUGUUUCUCUCAGAGGACAAGCUGCACUAUCGUAGCACGAGGACCAAGGAGCUGGACACUCUGCUGGGGGACCUGCACUGCGAGAUCCGUGACCAGGAGACCCUGCUGAUGUACCAGCUGCAGUGCCAGGUGCUGGCUCGGGCUUCGGUCCUGACUCGGGUGUUGGACCUUGCCUCCCGCCUUGAUGUCUUGCUGGCUCUUGCCAGUGCUGCCCGGGACUAUGGCUAUACAAGACCCCGUUACUCUCCCCGAAUCCAUGGAGUACGGAUCAAGAAUGGCAGGCACCCCCUGAUGGAACUGUGUGCACGAACCUUCGUGCCCAACUCCACAGACUGUGGCAGCAACCAAGGGAGGGUCAAAGUCAUCACUGGACCCAACUCCUCAGGGAAAAGCAUAUACCUCAAACAGGUAGGCUUGAUCACAUUCAUGGCCUUGGUGGGCAGCUUUGUGCCAGCAGAGGAGGCUGAAAUUGGGGUAAUCGAUGCCAUCUUCACCAGAAUUCACAGCUGUGAAUCCAUCUCCCUCGGACUCUCCACCUUCAUGAUUGACCUCAACCAGCAGGUGGCAAAAGCCGUGAAUAACGCCACCGAGCAGUCACUGGUCCUUAUUGAUGAAUUUGGGAAGGGCACCAACACGGUGGACGGGCUGGCACUUCUGGCUGCUGUGCUUCGACACUGGCUAGCUCUGGGACCCCGCUGCCCCCACAUCUUUGUGGCCACCAACUUCCUGAGCCUCGUUCAGCUGCAGCUGCUGCCACAAGGGCCCCUGGUGCAGUAUUUGACCAUGGAGACCUGUGAGGAUGGAGACGACCUUGUCUUCUUCUACCAGCUUUGCCAAGGUGUUGCCAGUGCCAGCCACGCUUCCUACACAGCUGCCCAGGCUGGGCUCCCUGAGCAGCUCAUUGCUCGAGGCAAAGAGGUCUCAGACUUGAUGCGCCGCAGGAAACCCAUCAGACCCGCCAAUGAGCUUCUCAGGAGGAGCCAGGUGGAAAAUUGCCAGGCACUGGUGCAUAAGUUUCUGAAACUGGAUCUGGAAGAUCCCACCCUGGACCUGGGCAUUUUUAUGAGUCAGGAAGUGCUGCCAGCUGCCACCACCAUCCUGUGAGAGCCCUUUCUCCACCCUCUCAGCUGCCCGGCACCCGAGACCACCACGCUGCUGCUCCCUUUUCUUUCCAUGCAGAGUUCUCAGUCUGCACGCUUUGUUUUGUACUAGGAAUAAAGUUUAUUUUGGAUCAGAA